AAAAAAAUUUUGAAUUAUGAAAUUUCAAAAUUAUAACAUUAUUCUUGAAGAUUAUAGUAGAAAAUUCCGCUAUCAAAAGAAAAAAUUUGAUGCCACAGCCCAUUUGCCUUGUUUCCAAUCACAUUUCAGUUCUUAAUCAGAUGGGAUACAAAUUAUUUGACAUUGAUAAUUAGUUAUAUUUCAAAAUGGUUCAGCAUCAUCAUAUAGAAGGCUAUGAGAACUUUGUAAGUUUCAUUGAAGUUUUUAAACCAGAGGGAGAUUUAGUUAUUUACUUUAGUGGUACAAAAGAAGAAAAUACUGGCGAAAGCUGGUGUGAUGAUUGUCAGCGUGCUUGGCCUGUCAUAAGCAAAGUAUUAAAAACAGCAAAUCCAAUGUUGAAUUUUGUUUAUGUUGAAGUAGGAGACCGUCCAACAUGGAAAGAUCCAAAUUGUCCUUUUCGUAAGAACCCCUCUACGAAAUUAAUGGUUCUACCCACAUUGAUAAAAUGGAACACACCUAAAAGAUUAAACGGCGACCAAUGUGAGAAAGAAGAAUUAGUAAAAAUGUUAUUUUUUGAAGAUGAUGAUGAUGAUUAGAGGGAAUCCAUGGAAAAUUGAAAUCACAUUAUUCAUCUUAGGCCAUAAUAAAUGAAUUCCAAUAUAGUUUACCAACUGCAAUAUUUGUUAUCUAUACAAGUACCAAUAAUGUAUUGAAAAAGGGGAUAAUAUUUUAUAAUAUGUAAACAAUUUUUAAGUGUAUUAUCAGUUCUGUGAAUAAACUUAUUUUGUAAUCUUUAUAUAUGAAAAUAAAUGUUUAUUCGAA